CCUGACCACACUACUGAACAGUAGUCUAGGUGUGACAAAACCUACCUUGUUGACUGUGUUGUUAAGAGGUAUAGGGUUUAGUGAAUGAUUUGUCCCAAAUACAAUGCUUUUAGUUUUGGAAAUAUUUAGUACUAACUUAUUCAUUGCUACCUAUUCCGAAACCAACUGCAGCUCUUUGUUAAGUGUUGCAGUCAUUUCAGUCACUGUAGUAGCUGAUGUGUAUAGUGUUGAGUCAUCCGCAUACAUAGACACACUGGCCUUACUAGUAAGGCUUGAAAAAAGCAAGUGUCCUAAACAGCUACCCUGGGGGAAUUCCUGCUCCUACCUGGAUUAUGUUUGAGAGGCUUCCAUUAAAGAACACCCUCUGUGUUCUGUUAGACUAGUAGCUCUUUAUCCACAUUAUAACUGUGGGUGCAAAGCCAUAACACAUAAGUUGUUCCAGCAGCAGACUAUGGUCGAUAACGUCAAAAGCUGCACUGAUGUCUAACAAGACAACCCCCCACAAUACUUUUAUGUCAUUGAUGUGCCCUACCGGCUCACAAGCAUUCAGCAAUAUGGGCAGUUGCUAGAUCAGCUCAAAGAAAACAAGUUAUCACCUAUUCAGUAGCACGGCAACUGAACAGGGCAGCGCUCAGGCCCACAAACAUUCAGCACUAUGGACAGUACCGCGACCAGCGUGGAAUAAGGUAGCCUAAACAGGAGACUGAUAGUUGAUUCAGCACCACGGUCACUGAAUAGCGCCUUGCCCUGACCGCUCAUAUAGCCAGAGAGGAAGAGGCGAAGCAAGUGUUUACUCUGCCCCAAAUCUGUCCACGAAAAGACGACCACUAAGUGAGAAAUGUCUGUUUGGUCAAUGAGAAUGUUACAUUUGGUCAAAAAAAUAAGAAUUUCUAACAUGCUACGUGAGGCUUAUUUGAUCAAAUAUAAGUUUAGCAAUGGUUAGGUUGUUAUGAAUGCACUUAUAUGAGUGGAAGCGCAUGGCAUUUCGGCAACUUUGAAAAAAACUACUUUAUAUCGGAAAUGUGCCUGCUAUUCACAGGCCUAUCUGCCCUCUCAUUGGCUAGAAUGGUCCCACCUGAUCUCGCCUCCUCCUGGUCACUCAACUAUGUUGUUAAUAUAAUAGAUGAUCUUUGACAGCCUAAUGAGGAACCUCUUAUUGCAGGCAGAAUGCGAGGAGAAACGUGAAUGGAUUAAAAUAAUUCACUACGACAGACAGCCUAGAACUUGUAGCAUAAUAGGCAACUGUUAUAAAGGGGGAAUUGAAUAGACAUGAUAUCUGUUUUUCAAAAUUAUCGUGGAAUGUAAAACAGUUUUUGGACCGCCAAUAAAAUCCCAAUUUAACUCACUCUGCUCACUAUUUAGUUUGCAGUUCUCAAUAUGAAAACAGACCUAAAGGGGCGCAAUAGGAAGAACCCAAUGAAGUUGAUAGGGUGAAUAACUCUUUAAAAUAACUGUUCAUAACAUAACUGCCUAUUCAGAUAAAUUGAUGAAUUGCUUAAGUCUUGAAGUGGUUGAAUGUAUCUCUGAAUAUUUUUUUUGACUCUGUCUGUUAGAGUUCAAUGAGUUUGAUGUAAAUAUGUGUCAUGUCAACCGGUAAACACUGUGCUUUUUCCAAGCCGUGUGUGAUUGUAUGUGUGAAUUAAUAUAUGUUGUAGCCUCUGUCUGUCAUUUUCUAAGGUAAAAAGAUGGGCUGCUGUGAACCUCGGAUAUAAAAAGCACACGCUGCCAGACUGCUUACGUCUGCAAUGAGACCGCAGACGAAAUUGUAAAUACUACUCAACCUGAGUCGAUAGAGAGAGGCGGGGAAAAGGGCAGACAUAGAAAUAUAGAAAACAAAUACUUAGAAAAUGUAUACUCGGUAAGGCGGUCAGAUAUGUCGACUCGACAAUUAAAAAAACCUGAGCGUCACAUCGGUUGAGCGAGACGCGCAUUAUGGAAUCUUCAUAAACCUGCCUCGUUGCAUCCGCUAUUUGAUCAACCAAUGGCCUCCUCUGGAGAACAAUUAUUAAUAUUAAUAUAAAUGCAAAUAUCUGGUAGCGCACCGCUUGAACCGACAUUUCUGUGUUUAGCCAUCCAUGUUUUAUCGGAUGGUUCAGAUAACGCGCAGAAUUUAGGAGCGUUCCAUUAUUUUAUUUGUGAAUGGUUUUUUUGGGGGGGGGCAGAAUAGCAUUUUGUAACGUCGCAUAGAACUGCACCAUGGAUUUCAAUCAGAAUUCUUAAAGGGUAGCCCAUAGUGCCAAUUUAAUCGGUGAACAAAUAGAAACGCUGUACAUGUAAACAAGAACCAGCAAUCUUCUAAGAUCCGCCCAUUUCUAUAUUCUAUCUUUCAGUAUUUCUCGACACAUCUGGAAAAAGUUUUUUUUUUUUUUUUACCGUUCUUCCAAGAGGACGGCAAUGUCAUCAUCAACAUCCCGGCGUGGUUUUGUUGUUGUCUGAUUUUACUACUGGAUAUCGGCACUUACCCCUGCGCCAAGCCAUACCUCCGUUUUUUUUUACAAGGUGAUUGAAGUGUGGCCUGCAGUGACAUCCAUCCCCUUCUCCCUAUUGGUCUUCUAUACCAUGAGCUCUGGCUCCGCCCAGGAUGUGGCGGUGGAGCAUUUCUUGCGUGACAUAGAGAGGCGGGGCAAGCGGCUACAUUGUGCUGUGAUUGGUUGCGAGGAGCAGCGUCCCCGUGGCGACAUGAACCUGCUGUAUCGUAAGAGCCGGCUGGACUGGAGGCACAAGGACCAGGAAGGCAAUAAGAAGAGCUCCAGCCAGAAGGACCCCUCCUCAGCCACGGUGGGCAAGGUCCGUGACCUGGCAUCCUUCCGGCGCCACUUCCGCAUGGGCUUCAUGACCAUGCCUGCCUCCCAGGACCUGUCCCCUCACUCCUGUGCCUCCGCCAUGGCCCCCCGCUCUCAGUCCUGCCACGCCGUGGGCGCUGGAGACACAGGUCUGGAGAACGGGGAAGAUUACUCUGACACCCAGUCACAGCACGGCGGGCGCUGUCCCCCUGCUAAACCCAAACGCCAUCCCAGCACCCGUCUCAGCUCCUCCUCGGACCCCAGAGCACCUCACGCCCCACCGGACGCCCCUCCGCCACCCCCGCCCACUCACCCGCAGGCCAAACACUCAGAGAAGAAGAACGCCAUGAAGAAGUCUGACUCAGGGGACAUGUCCAAAAAGAUGCCGCCUUUGAAGCCCAAACGAAGCCCCAGUACUCAGCUCUCGUUUGAGCCCCCAACUCCCCGUGUGCCCCCUCUUGCCACGCCCAUCCAGGGGGGCGAGGUUCAGCCUCAGGGGGACAAUGAGCCCGUCUACAUAGAGAUGGUGGGCCAAGUGUUCACCAGGGAGAGCCAGACUGCCACCCCUCACCCUGUCACGCCCGUAGCCACCACGCCUGAUUCAGACUCAGAUCAGAGCGAGGCCAUCUAUGAGGAGAUGAAGUACCCACUGCCAGAGGACAGAGAGGGACACAAACGCCUCCCUCUCAAACACGAGAGACUCAGAUCCUCCAAACACCACCACUCCUCCUCUGGCAUGUCCGCCCAUCUACCUCGCCCCUCCUCCUCCCCCUCCUGCUCCAAACCUAAAGCCACAGUGUCCAUCUCCCACUCCUCGCCCCUCCCCUCCUCCACCUCCUCCACCCCUGUCCCCCAGCCCCUCUCCUCCAGCCCGCACCCCCCACGAGCCCCUACGCCCUACCUCCUCCAGGGGAACAAAUCAGAGACAGAGUCCAACAGUAAGAUCCCAGCCCCCUUCCCCAACCUGCUGCAGCACCGACCCCCGCUGCUCGCCUUCCCCCAGCCUGCUGCUGCCUCCAGUGGGGUCGGGGUCCAACACAAGGCUGCUUCUGCCAAACUGGGGACCAUUAACAUUCAGACCUCCUCCAGUAUGACAGCUCCGUCUAGCACCUCUUCCUCCUCCACCACCCCCUCCUCUAACCUCCCUGUGCCCCUGUCAGGCUCUAAGGAGUCUAAGGACAGAGAUAGAGACAGCCAGCUCGGCCCUGCACCAGGGCUAAGGGCCAGGAGCCACUCCACACCCCUGCCCCCUUCCUCUAAGUCCACCUCCCCCUAUUCCCACCACCACCACCACCAUCCCCACCCUCACCACCGCCCCUCACACUACCACCACUACCGCAAGCCAGAGAGAGGAGACUCGCCCAACCCCAACACCAACAACAAGAAUGGCUCGGAGACCUUCUCCAAGUCCAUUGCCCAGACCCAGACCCAGGGCUCGGGCAAGGAGGGAAAGUCUGUGAGCUUCUGCUUGAAGUUAGACAAAGCAGAGAGGGACAGGGACAGAGAGAGGGAUAAGGACAGAGAGAGGGACAGAGAUGGUCACAGGGACAGUCACAGAGACAGGGACAGUGACAGAGAGCGACACAGGGAGAGAGACAGAGAAGCAGGGUUCCACUUUACCUCCUCUCAGGCUGAGAACACCACCAACAACCUUUCAUCCCAGACCAGUGCCAGUUCAGCCACAACCUCGUCCUCCUCCUCUUCCACUCACUCUCGCCCUCACUCUCGCUCCCAACUCCACCGCUACCACACCCCCCACGGCCUACCUGCCUACAAGCCCCCCUCCUCAGACAGCCCCCUGCUCUGGACCUACCCCUCGGUGGGCUUCCGGAGACCCCCGGCAUACGACAGCCUGCGAGGAGGGUCUCAUCUGCCCUCCUUGCACCACCAGGGUCACGGGGAUGUGGCCUCCAAAAGCAGCACGGUGCCUGGGCCCGUCCAGGGGAAGGCUGGGUUCAUGCCCUGGGACAACAGUGGCUUUGGAGAUGACGGGUCUUACUUGCCCAUGCAGAGGAAACUGUCCUUCAGCCAAGGCAGCAAAGAGACAGAGAGAGAGAAGGAUGAAGGGCGGGCGUGGAAUGGCAGUGCCGAUGCCCUCCUGAGGAUAGACAAGGAGGACCUGGGCCCUGGACGUCGAGGAGGAGGAGGCCACUCUGGGAUCCCGGUACGCUUCACUGGAGCAAGGGGGCUGGGCCACAGUGAGUCCCUGACCGGGAUGGAGGUGGGGUCCUUGGGGUUCCGAGCCCUGCCUAGAGGGGGUCUCCCCCUCCCCUGCCAAACCUUUCCAGCCUGCCGCAAUGGAGAACUGGGUCGAUUGAGCCGCUCAUCAUCCACCUCUGGGGUGAGACAGGUGGGUGGAAGCGACGUUCAGUGGCAGAGCAGCCUGCCCCAUCGAGAGGUACUGAAUCAGUUGCAUGGGCUGUCCCAAUCCUCCCAAACGCCCUGCAGUCCUAUCCUGUCCAGACAGCAGCAGCAGCUCCAGCUCCACCACCUCCAGCUGCAGUUCCAACACCUGGCCCAGCUGGCCCAGGGACAGCCUCCCACCAGCGGGGGCGCUGCCACGUCCGCAGCCCAAACCCAGAGGGAUGGCAAGCUGCUGGAGGUCAUUGAGAGGAAGCGCUGCCUAUGCAAAGAGAUCAAGGCCCACCGCCGCCCAGAAAAGAACCUGUGUAAGCAGGACAGCAUGCCCAUCCUACCCAGCUGGAGACGGACCCCUGAGCCCCAGAAGACUGGCAUGCCCCCCUGUCAGAGGCCCCAGGCUGUGGUGUGGGACACAGCCAUCUGA